UUUUAUUUCUUUUUUGCAUAAAGACGCCCGAUCCGCUGAUCAGCCAUCAAAAAGUCCAUCAAACGUGUUCACCCUAUUUAUCCGCUGCAUUGCCUUUUUUUUUACACGCGAUAAAACAAAAAGAGACACGGAAAAAAAAGGUCAUGGUCAGCAAGCCGUCGGUAGGCGAGAAAAUCAACGUGAUCUGCAGAGUGCGACCGUUUCUGGAGGACGAGGACGGCCCGGACGAUACCGUCGUUAUCCAAAAUGAUCAAAUCACGCUCAACAAUUUCCGCAAUCCAAACAAUCCAUUACAUUACAAAUUUCCCUCUUGCCAUGCUCCUGACGCGACACAACAGGACAUUUACGAAAACGACGUUUUACCCAUCAUUGACCGUGUCUUUGAAGGCUACGAUGCCACUAUUUUCGCCUACGGAGUCACCGGAUCAGGCAAAACAUAUACGAUGGAAGGCACGGCAAAGGAUCCAGGCAUCAUACCUCGUGUUGCCAGGUUUCUGUUUGAAACCAAAGCAGCGUCUUCCAACGUCCGCAUCACCAUGUCUUACAUGGAAAUUUUCAAAGAAUGCGUAUAUGAUCUGCUGCUGCCAAAACAAAAUCGACGGAUUGCUCUUGAUAUCAGGGAGGGACUGAAUCGAGAUGUAUUUGUAGCUGAUUUGACCGAGCGACCGAUUAAAUCAUACAACGAGUUUCAGAAAUUAUUCAGAAUGGCGCGCAAGAAUCGAUCAACGGCGAGUACAAAAUUGAAUGCACGAUCCAGUCGAUCGCACGCUAUCCUGUCUUUUCGGACCAUUGUCGAAACUCAUGUGGAUCCACUCGAUGGAGAAAAUGACGAUAUGCAAGUGACCUGUGGCAAGAUCAAUCUUAUCGAUCUUGCAGGAUCCGAAGAUAAUCGAAGAUCGGGCAAUGAGAAAGCAAGGAUGACAGAAAGUGCAGCUAUUAACAGAAGUUUAUUCGUCCUCGGCCAAGUGGUGGAAGCACUCAAUGUUGGUUCACCACGUAUACCCUUUCGUGACUCCAAAAUGACACGGAUUUUACAGCCAACCUUGGGCGGCAAAGCUUUGGGAAUGAUGAUCAUUAACAUUGCUCCAGGGCAGGCAUUUUAUGCGGAUACAUUAAACGCUUUAAAGUUUGCUAGCCGUUCUCGCGAAAUUCGAUCGAGACCGAAACGAAAUAUACGGAAAACAAAAACGGUGACGAUACCGAGCACAAGUCCGUCUUUGUCCGCCACUAGCUCGCGCGAUUCAUUUCAUUCUUUUUCAACGAUCUCAAGCCGUGAUUUGCAAAGACCGUUGAAGCGACAACACUCGGCAAAUGGGGAGUCUAGAGUGGAAUACGAUGCGAUGCCAAAGAAACCUCGUCUUUCAAUAGCGGGCGGGGAAGAAUCGCGCAACAACGCUGUUUGGUCCGAAGCCACCGCAAACAAAUCAUGUUACGACACCGAAAAGAAGAUAUUGGAAGCGGUGCUGGCUGAAUGCAAUAAUGUUAAUAGUCUUCACGAGCUGAGGACAAAACUAGAGCAGCGAAUGCAACGUCUAUAGUUUUUAUCAUGUACAUUUCACCUUUUUUUUGCAUUUGUAAAUAAUCCAAUACACAUUUAUAUUCUUUCUGGUUU